AUGUUUCUUAUAUUGACAUUGCUCAUUUUACUGAUUUUUCUGGGCGUUUUGGUGUAUUUUGGAACGGGAUUUGUUGCUGGGAAAAAGAAGGAAAAUGGGAAUAAGGAACUACCCAAUUCUAAAAAUUCCAAUUCUCUUCUCCUGCCAAAAACUACUGAAACUAAAAACACCUUCUUUCCCUGUGAAGCUUUAUCUAAAGCUCCAGAAGAUCCAGAAGAUUCCUCGAUUUCAGAAGACGUCAGUCAGAAUUCAAAAAGAAGUUCUGAAGACCUUCCAGAAGAAUCUAUUUCUCGGAAACUUCUAGAAACAGAGGGUUUGCCAAAUAUAGAAUCCGAACAUUCGUUGGAGCAAGACUUCCAACUCAAGAUUGAAGAUUGGAAAAUUUCCAAAACGCCAGAAGGUUCUCCAAAAUCCACGUCAUCUUGUAUUUCUUCGGAAAUCUCAUUGGAUAAUUUGAUAGAAGAAGAAGACAUAGAGGAUGAGCAACCAUCUCCAAUGAAAUUCAUAGGAGACCCAUCAAUUAGGCUCCGCCCCUCGUCUCUUCCUGUUGGGACCUUCAAUUCGGCGUCAACGUCUUCUGCUUCAAUUUUCAAUUUCUCUCGAAAAACUCCUGAAUUUGUCCCUAGAAUGAUGUUGGAGGAGUUUGAAAUGUUGGAUCGAAGUGUUGAAAAACGAAAAAUGGAUAUUCAGAAUUUGCUGAAAAGGAUAGAGUCGGCGAAACGGAGACAUAGGAGAUUCAGCGAAGAAAUCCAACGGGUCCAAAUCGAGCACAACAUUCGAUAUUGA